GAAAACAACACCUGAUUUUAGUUGGUCUAUGUAACUGAAAAAUGGUUUUUAAAGUGAACGUGCUACAUAUUUUCAUCAUCCUCUUGGGCACUGGAUCAACGGUUGCAGCCGAUGUAACUAUACUUAAUGAUUUGCUCAAGAUCGCUAUUAAGUACCUAACGCUGAGUCUUAAGAAUGCGGAAACGAUCAGCUUAGGGGAUAUUCCUUUGGACCUGGAUAUUUUGAACAACGCAGACUUUGCAGGUGAAUUUAUUGCGGGAGGUACAAAUAUCUACGGUUUCGAUACCCUAAACCUCGAUAUAAAGAACGUUAACUUGCUGUCCGAGAAUGGAUACAUUACAUUUCGAUUGGAUGAUUUAUCCGUCGACAAAUUAGGAAUUGAAAUUCAGGAUUACUAUUUAGACAUUGGACUAUUUAAUGAGGUUCCUCUUUAUGGUGAAGGAAAAAUGAAGUUUGAAAUCAGAAACAUCACUCUCAACAUAAACACGGCGUUCAACAUCGAAAAGUGGAAGUUCGAGACCCUUUCAGCACUAUUGACGUUCAGACAUUCUAAGGUGACCAUUACGAAGUUCUGGAACAACGAAAAGCUAGACGGGAUAGUGUCAAAUGCUCUUACCGAUAUGGAAGCUUUGGCUGCCAUGUUCUGGGACUACAACGUCGAAUGUAUUUCAUGUGGUAUAGGUCAGGUAGUCAAACACAUUUUCAACGAGUUGCUUACCGGAGAUGACAUUCUCAGUUUCGAUCAAUGCAAGACUUCCUGCUUUGGUUUCGAUAGUCUUUUAGAAGAAGCGGAAUCCGGCAACUACGCUGAAGCCUUAAAGUAUUUAAAACGAGAACAUCUAAAUUUGUUUCUGGAGAGAAUUGAAGAAUGUAUGUCAAUUAUUUGAGUAUGAAUGUAUUAAUAAAUUUAA